AUGAACUUCAGCCGAGCUGAAAACAUGGUCCUUUGCUACGAGUCUUCGAACAAGUCCUGUCCUAAGCAUGUUUAUCCAGCCACCAUACGAGCACCUCUGUAUGUCUUUUUUGGGGCUGCCAUACUACUCACCGUGUUUGGAAAUCUUCUUGUCGUUUUUGCUAUAGCCCACUUCAAACAGCUGCACACUCCCACCAAUUACCUGGUCCUCUCCCUGGCUGUGACCGACCUUCUCCUGGGGGCAGUGGUCAUGCCCCCCAGCAUGGUGCGCUCAGUUGAGACCUGCUGGUAUUUGGGCAACUUCCUCUGUAAGAUCCACUCCAGCACGGACAUCAUGCUAUGCACUGCAUCCAUUUUACACCUGUCAUUCAUUUCUAUCGAUCGAUACUAUGCCAUUUGCCAGCCCCUCCUCUACCAGACUAAGAUCACAACCCCUGUCUCAGUGUUAAUGAUCUUGAUUAGCUGGACCCUCUCUGCUCUUGUUGGAUUUGGGAUGGUAUUUCUGGAACUGAAUAUCUGGGGCAUCGAGGAGUUCUAUCAUGAGAAGGUGUAUUGCUUUGGAGGCUGUACUCUGUUUCAAAGUUUGACCUCAAGUUCUGUGUCGUCUACGGUUUCUUUCUACAUCCCCGGGUUUAUUAUGCUGGGGAUCUAUCAAAAGAUCUUUCUCGUAGCACAGCACCAGGCACGGUCCAUUCAGAGCUCAGUCUCUCAGGCUGCGAGGCCAGAAAAGGGCAAAGCAACUCCUAGCAAAGUGGAGCGAAAAGCCACCAAGACCCUGGCCAUAGUUAUGGGCGUCUUUCUUUCAUGCUGGACUCCCUUCUUCAUCUGUAAUAUCAUCGACCCCAUCGUUGAUUAUUCUACUCCACCUGUGCUGUUUGAUAUGCUGGUGUGGAUUGGCUAUUUAAACUCCACCUUUAAUCCAAUCGUUUAUGCAUUCUUUUACACAUGGUUCAGGAAAGCAUUCAAAAUGAUAAUACUCUGUAAAGUAUUUCAGCAAGAUUCAUCAACAAUAAAUUUGUUUAUUGACUGA